AGCAUCAGUACAGCUUGAAAUUCUCAAGCUGUUCAGUCUAUUCUCAACUAUUUAUAUAAUUUUGUUGAAAUGGAUAAUUCUGCCUAGUACCAGGCUUUUAAGAAAAUGAAUUUAUUAACAUAUGUAUUUGUAUUCUUAGGCAGCAUAUACUUAAAUGAUGCUGGCUAUGGUAUUCGACAAUCUGAACUAAAUCCUCAAUCGGACGUGGAAGCACCUGCGUACUUACCGGCAAGCGCAAAAAGCUAUGAAUUUACUAAAGCGAGAUACUCGCCGCAAUAUUACGGAGGGACAAAAUCGGUUUAUGGCGGCACCAAGACCGGUUAUGGCGGCACCAAGACUGGUUACGGCGGCACAAAGACCGGUUAUGGCGGCACCAAGACUGGUUACGGCGGCACAAAGACCGGUUAUGGCGGUACCAAGACUGGUUACGGCGGCACCAAGACCGGCUUUGGCGGCACCAAGAAUGGAUAUAGCUGGACAAGACCCUGGCCUCCCCCGACAUAUCCAUCAGUAUAUAACCCGUCACGUCGACCUGUUACCAACGUCAAGGCGCCUUACAAGAGUCAAUGUGAAGUGGAGUGCCAAAACAAUGGGAUAUGCAUCUACGGUAAUACCUGCGAAUGUCCCCCCAACUUUACGGGCAAGUACUGCGAGUUUGAAAAGAAACCCUGCCUCGUCCUCCCACCCGUACCUAACAACUCCGUGAGGGAAUGUUCAGCGGAGUUAUGCACCAUACAAUGCAUGGCGCAUCACAAGUUCAUAGACGGUACGACGGUCGCCAACAUGCGCUGUGUGAACGGGCACUGGGAGCCGACAAGAGCGGACCUGACUUCGAUACCCGACUGCGAGCCGGAGUGCAGCCCGCCGUGUGGGAAUGGGGGAAGGUGUAUUGGAUACAAUAACUGCUUCUGUACGGAGGCGUGGAAGGGACCGCAGUGCCAGUAUCCGGUGAGCAAUUGCGCGAUCAGCAAGGCGCACAUGCUCGCGUACGAGUGCGUGCAGACGGCGGAGGCGCAGACGUGCCGCGCGUGGUGCCCCGCGGGCUCGGCGCCGCGCGCGCCGCUCGCCGCCGCCUACACGUGCCACUUCGCGACCGGCGCCUACGAGCCGGCCCUGCCGCUCUGCGACUUUGAGGAAGUCGUCAUCGUUACUCCUAGCAACUAUCACCCGAACCAAUACUACUCGAUGUACACCCCAAAUUCUACGGAGACCCUCACCAGCCCGCGACCGGUGAACCACCCCGUGGUGGUGGUGCAGAACCCCACGCCCAAGGGGGGUAGUUGUCUCACCUGGGCCGGAGUUCAUUAUAAAACAUUUGAUGGCAAAAUUUACAGUUUCGAAUCCCCAUGCCAACACGUUCUGGUGCGUGAUGCGGAGGAGCACAAGUUCACAGUGUUUAUCACUUACCCCGAGUGUAAGAGCGUCUUCUGUCCAUCGAUAAUCAACAUCUUCCUGGAAGAUAAGGAGUAUACGCUUAGCGCUUCUGGAGACACAGUAUUAUUCCGCAACGCAAAGCGAGUGCUGCCAAUCCCCGCGACUCUGCCUGGCAUCCGCGUGAGCAUGCCCGCCAACAAUGUCAUCGUUGAUCUGGAUACUUUGGGAGUUACAAUCAAAUGGGACUUGAAUAAUUUAGUGGUGGUGGAAGGCACAGCAGCACUGUGGAACAAAACGGAAGGUCUCUGCGGCACGCUGGACGGCAGCCCGGAGAACGAUAUGAUGAAUAAGGAGAAGAAAGAGGCCAACACAGUGUCAGCUAUGGUCUCCUCGUGGCAGGUGCACAAGAUUGGGGGUAUAUGUAAUGGGAGCACGCGAGAGACUAACGCGUGUUUAGCAACUUCGGAUGAGACAAGGAAACAAGCAACGCAGUUCUGUCGCAAAAUGUUUAGUAAGGAUAAGUUCAGGAAGUGCUCUGAGGUAAUGGACGUAAGUCAACUUUUAGACGCGUGCGAAUGGGACUACUGUGCGUGUAUGAAAAACCAACUGACAGAUCCGGAAGAAUGUGCGUGCAAAACGGUGGCGGUUUACGCGAAGGAGUGCUUGCGACAUGGCGUCGAGGAAAUGAGGGACUGGAGAGACGCUGACACUUGUCCAAUGAAGUGCCCCGCGGGCAAGAUCUACAACGCGUGCGGGCCGGACGAGCAGCCGAGCUGCGCGUUCCCGCAGGGCAGCCGCAACGGCUCCUGCGUGGAGGGCUGCUUCUGCCCGCCCGGCCUGCUGCUGGAGCGCGGCGCCUGCGUGCCGCGCGACGCGUGCCCGUGCCGCGCCAGGAACAAGGUGUUCCCGCCGGGGGCCACCGUGCGCAAGAGCUGCAACACUUGCACGUGCGCGGGCGGCGCGUGGCAGUGCACGCGCGCGGCGUGCGGCGCGCGCUGCGGCGUGGCGGGCGACGCGCACUACAGCACGUUCGACGGCCUGCGCUACGACUUCGCGGGCCGCUGCGCCUACACGCUGCUCGCCACCAACAACCUCUCCCUCACCGUCGACAACGGCGCCUGCGCGGCCGACAGCGUCGAGACAAUCGAUCCUUACAAAGAUGACGGCAAGCCAUCUUGCACCAGAGCGGUGGACCUUCAGUACAACGGAGUUAAAAUUCACAUGAAACGGGGAGGAUUUAUUCUUGCUAAUGGGAAAGAAAUUUCCACUCUGCCUGUUACUGUGGGCGAUAUUAGAAUCCGGUUCGCGUCAUCUUUGUUCAUUAUUGUUCAACUUCCCAUCCAAGUGGACAUAUGGUGGGACCGCGAUACCCAAGUGUUCGUUGAUGUGCCACCGUCGUUUGUUGACCAAACUAAGGGUCUCUGCGGUACAUUCAAUCAGAACCAAAAGGACGACUUCCUCACUCCCGAGGGUGACGUGGAACAGACAGCUGCAGCUUUCGCCAAUAAAUGGAAAACCCGUGAAUUCUGCAAUGACACCAGUACCGAAGAGCCGGAACAUCCUUGCGAAGUGAAUGUGGAAAACAAAAAUGUGGCUGAACAGUACUGUAGUAAACUGAAAAGUUCGCUGUUCGAACCGUGCCACUGGCACGUGGACGUGUCGCCGUACGUGUCGGCGUGCGAGUAUGACAUGUGCGCGUGCGCGGGCGGCGCCGCGCGCUGCCUGUGCCCCGCGCUCGCCGGCUACGCGGCCGCGUGCGCGCGCGCCGGCGUCGCCAUCCCCUGGCGGCUCGGCGUGCCCGACUGUGAGUUACAAUGCUCGGGCGGGCAGGAGUACACGGUGUGCGCGGACAGCUGCGCGCGCACGUGCGCCGACGCGGCGCUCGGCGCGGGCGCAGGCGCGGGCGCAGGCGCGGGCGCGGGCGGCUGCCGCGCGGACUGCGCCGAGGGCUGCGCCUGCCCCGAGGGACAGGUGUUAGACGAGAGCAACGAAUGUGUUCCAAUAGCCAAGUGUGGCUGCCACCACUCCGGGCUCGCGUACAAAGCGGGGCAGAAACUGGUGCGAGCUGGACCACGGGAGAAGGAGCUGUGCACGUGCGCCGGCGCGCGCUGGGAGUGCGCCCGCGCCACUCCAGAGGACAUCGCCGCGUAUCCUCCCGCUGAGGACCUGCGCAGCAACUGCAGCAGUGCCGACAACAUGGAGUUCACCACCUGCCUCGGCGCUCAGCCGCUGACCUGCAAGAACAUGCACCUCCCGCCCACCACACUUACACCUACGCAAGAAUGUCGGGCGGGAUGCCGCUGCCAGCCAGGCUUCGUGCUGGACACCAGCUCCGGCAGAUGCGUGCUGCCAGUCGCGUGCCCGUGCCACCACGGCGGCACCAGCUACCCGGACGGCCACACCAUGCAGGAGGAGUGCAACACUUGCAAGUGCAAGGGCGGCAAGUGGACGUGCACGCAGCAGCAGUGCGCGGGCCUGUGCACGGCGUGGGGCGACUCGCACAUGAUCUCGUUCGACGGCGCCAUGUUUGACUUCGAGGGCGUCUGCAGCUACCUGCUGGCGAAGGGCACCUUGGAUACGAACGAUGGCUUCAGUAUCGAAAUACAGAAUGUACCAUGCGGUACAACAGGGGCUACUUGCUCCAAGUCGAUCACCCUCAGAGUUGGUAGUGGAGACCACCUGGAGACCGCCACCCUGGCCAAGGGUGCUCCUGUGCCCGAUGGAAGCAGCUUGAAGAGGAUAAAACUCCGUUCAGCGGGUAUAUACACGUUCCUGGACGUGCCCACGGCUGGGCUCAGCGUGCAGUGGGACCGCGGCCUGCGAGCUUAUGUGAAACUCGACCCUAUGUGGCGGAACAGGGUGCAAGGUCUCUGCGGCAACUUCAACGGCGACAUCCGCGACGACUUCCAGACGCCGGGCGGCGGCGGGCUCGCCGAGUCGUCCGCGCUGCUGUUCGCCGACGCCUGGAAGCUGAAGCCGACCUGCCCGCAGCCGCAGGAGAUGACCGAGCACUGCGCGGAGCGCGCGCACCGCAAGCAGUGGGCGCUGCACACGUGCGGCGCGCUGCGGCGGCGGCCGUUCGCGCGCUGCCACGCCGAGGUGCCGGUGGGCGCGUUCGCGGCGCGCUGCGCGGCCGACGCGUGCGCGUGCGACGCGGGCGCCGACUGCGAGUGCGUGUGCGCCGCGCUCGCCGCCUACGCGCACGCGUGCGCGCUGCGCGGCGUGCACCUGCGCUGGCGCACCAUGGAACUGUGCCCAAUUCAAUGUGACGAAGAGCAUACCAACUACAGCGAAUGUAUGUCUACGUGUCCUCCGGAAACCUGUGACAAUAUACUCGACUACGCGGAAAUUAAAGCAGUUUGUGAACAAGAGACAUGUGUUGAAGGAUGCAAGCCCAAUAAGACCUGUCCAGAGGGCAUGGUGCACUCGAACAGCUCGCUGAGCGAGUGCGUGCCCCGCAGCAGGUGCCGGCCGCCGUGCCUCACGCUGGAGGACGGGCGGCUGGUGCUGGAGGGUGAGGUGCUGGAGGAGGACGCGUGCCACACCUGCCGCUGCUCCCAGGGGCACCGCGUCUGCACCGGCCUGCCCUGCUCCACGGAGCUGACGACGCCAGGUUCCACCCGAAUGCCAGAGACGACACCGCACGGCGAGGUGUUCCGCUGUCAGUCCGGCUGGAGCCAGUGGAUAAAUCGCGCCACUCCGGAGAAAGAUUCCAACCAACGCUCUAUAGAAAAAGAACCCUUGCCCAAGCCAAAUGAAUUCGCUAGCGGCCUGCCGGCGUGCGAGCGAGAAGACAUGACGGACAUCGAGUGUCGCACAGUGCAGGAUAACAAGAGUGCUAGGGAGACUGGGCUCAAUGUUGAGUGCAGUCUGGAGCAUGGCCUAGUAUGUGAUAAGGUUGGGGAGUGUCCCGACUUUGAGAUACGAGUGCUGUGCAAGUGUGCUGAAGAACCAUUCCAAUGCCUGAACGCGAGCCACCCCAGCAACCCGCACCCGACGGACUGCAGCAAGUUCUACGAGUGUACCCCGGGGCAGGGCUCGCAUCACGCCGUGGAGAAGACCUGCCCUCCAGGUCUCAUGUUUCACCCUGGACUCAUGGUCUGCGACUGGCCAGCUGCUGUGGUCGCCGUUAGACCGGAGUGUGGACAGACUUCUACUGAAGCCGUGCCUUCGGUUAGAGAUCACUCCGUUACAGAAGAAAUAACAACAACACCAACUUCAACAUCAACAACAACAACAUCAACAACAACAACAACAUCAACAACAACAACAUCACCAGCAACGAGCGUUCAAACAGCAUCCAGUGGCCCGUGUGCCCCGGGCGAGGAGUACAAGUGCCUCUACCCGUGUGACCAGUUGUGUGACCACUUCAAGGAGCAACUACAGGAUCAGGGGCAGUGCUUGAUGGGAGAGACAUGCGUGAAAGGUUGCGCAAGUGCGACCGCCGCCAGCGAGUGCGGCGCGGGCUCGCGCUGGCGCGACGCGGCCGCGUGCGUGCCCGUGAAGGACUGCACUUGUAACUUCGAAGGGAGGAUUGUUAAGCCGGGAGGCGUGAUCGUAGACGGGUGUACCAAAUGCCAGUGCCUUGACAACGCGCUACACUGCGACAACAGUGAUUGCUUAUCCACCUUCAUCCCCAUAGGAGGCCCCACACACGCCACCAUGAUUAUCACCGACUCGCACGUAACCGUAUCCACUAUCCAAACAUCCAUAACCACUCCCACCACACCCAUUACACUCACUAACGCCACUUCCCCAUACCCCGAACGCACCACUCAACCAAUAAUUCCAGAGAUCUCCUCCACACAUGUACCCAAAACCCCGAGUACCCCCAGUACGCCCGUUUCAAGUACUAAUAUCCCAACCACUGUUCCAUCUACCGCGAGUCCGACCUUACCUCCUCUCAUAAUUAAAUCUACAGUCUCACCACUGCCCAAGUGUAAUCCUAACAACUUCAAGCACCUUUUAUGGAGCUCUCCAGAGCCGGUGGGCAAAUUCACAGCGAGCUCAGUGUUCAGCUCCAUGUUCGAGCCACAAUUCGCCAAACUCGAUGAACCAUCUACUGAACAAUAUGCUAGCGGCUGGAAAGCGCUCAUAUCAGACCCGAAACAGUACAUCCAGGUGGAGUUACCAGAGCGCACUGCUGUGUACGGCGUGACUAUGCAAGGCAACCCGUUACUGGACCAAUACGUCACAAGUUAUGACGUCAUGUAUGGUGAUGAUGGCCAUGUGUUCUCGCCCGUUGAGGACCUGGGUGGGAGACCGAAGGUGUUCCGCGGCCCCACGGACCACAAGACACCGCUGGAACAACUCUUCGACAAGCCCUUCGAGGCCAAGUUCGUGCGCAUCCACCCUCGCACCUGGCACAACGAGAUUGCGAUCCGCUUUGACCUUAUUGGCUGCGAAGAAUUCUCUACUACUGCCUCUACAACUACCUCUACUACUUCCACAACUACUUCUACUACGACUACUACUACAACUACUACUCCGGAACCAACUACAGUUACAACGCCGAUAGUUAUUACGAUACCGUCGACUGUGGCGUAUACAACGGAGGAGCCCACGCAAUGUACUGCGCCGCUGGGGCUGGGCGCAGACCUGCCCGUGGAGAUGAUCGAAGUGAGCUCCAACAACGACGACCGGCCCUUCCUCCGGCUGGGCGGCCAGCGCGGCUGGAGGCCCGUCUACAGUACCCCUGGGGAGUGGAUUAUGUUCAACUUCACAUCGCCGCGCAACAUCACCGGUAUAAAGACGAAGGGCGGCCCCGCCGGUUGGGUGACCGCCUACAACGUCCUCUACACGUCCGACCUGAGCGUGUUCAACACGAUGCUGGACUGGAACGGCUUCCCCAGGACGUUCCCGGGGAACUUCGACGGCAGCUCGGUGGUGAUGAACGAGUUCCGCCCGCCCUUGCACGCGCAGUACCUCAAGGUGCUGCCGGUGAAGUGGGAUCGGUCGAUGGAGCUGAGCGUGGAGCCGAUUGGCUGCUUUGAGCCGUACCCGGCCGCGUCGCCGGCGGACGAGCGCGCGCCGGCGCCGGCGGGGGCGGGGGCGGCGUGCGCGCGGUGCCCGGGCGCGGCGGCGCGCGAGUGCGCGUGCGCGGCGCCGCUGUACUUCGAUGGCGACGCGUGCGUGCCGCGCGACCAGUGCCCCUGCGUCAUCACCUUCUACACAUACCCAGUCGGUUCCAAGUUUCGCGAUGACAAGUGCCAGGAGUGUGUGUGCAAGCUGGGCGGCAUUACAGACUGCAAGCCCGCCGUUGACUGCGAGUGUGCGCCUGACCUCGUCCCCCGCCUGUCAGACGAAUGCGAAUGCCUCUGCGAGCCUUGCACCAACGGCACCAAGAUAUGCCCGACCAGCAAACUGUGUCUGCCUCUCGACAAGUGGUGUGAUGGGCUCCAGGACUGCCCUGAUGAUGAAAAGGAUUGCCUCACCACCACCCUGAUGCCGGUCACCGAAACGGUGAUCACCACUGUGUUGAACACGGUGGCUAACACCCCACCCACUACUGAAGUUACAACUCCAACUACCACUACUACUGAGAAACCUUUCGAAUGCCACAAAGCGGUGUGUCCCCCCGGCUACACUCUGCACAAGGAGAACCGCAACCCCGGCCGCAACAAGUACAAGGGCUACUCGAAGGCUGCAUACAGCAAGGGAGGAUACUCGAAGGGUGGAUACUCCAAGGGUGGACGAUAUAGCCAGCCGCGGCGUUCGAUGUUCUCGCCGUCGGGCGCGGGGGGUGCGGGGGGUGCGGGGGGUGCGGGCGGGGCGGGCGGCGCGGGGGGCGCGGGCGGCAGGCGCGAGUGCGAGCGGUUCAAGUGCGUGCCGCCGAUGUUCGUGCCGACGCGGCCGCCCGGCGCGCCGCCGCCCUGCGACGCGCCCGCCUGCCCGCCCCGCUACGCGCUGCGCCUGGACUCUGCGCUCGCCAACAAUGGCUGCCCGCAAUACGUUUGCGAACCACCACCUGAGCAACUGCACUGGUGCAAUAUGACGGGUCGCACUUUCAACACCUUCGAUGGCCUCGAGUACAAGUAUGAUGUCUGCCAUCACAUAUUGGCUAGAGACAAACAACUGGACUCCUGGGCUGUGCUGGCCAGAAAGAGGUGCACAGUUGACGGGGGCUGCAAGAAUGAGCUCAUAGUGAAUCAAGAUGAAGACAUUAUCACCGUGAGGCCAGAUUUCAUAAUUCAGUACAUGAAUUACGAAUACACAGUGGAACAGACUGAGAAAAUCUGCUUCCAGAAGAACAGUUUCAAAGUAUCGCAGCUCGGAACUGGUCUAGAGAUUAGGUCCUUGAGAUAUGGCUUCGUCGUGAUUUAUACACAGGACGGUGACAUUAAGAUCGGGCUGGGCUCGCAGUGGCUGGGCGGCGCGGACGGGCUGUGCGGCGCGUUCGACGGGUCGCUGGCGCGCGAGCGGCGGCUGCCGGGCGGGCGCGAGGCGCAGAGCACGGAGCAGUUCGCGCGCGCGUGGCGGCGGCCGGGCGCCGAGCCCGCCGGCUGCCGCGCCACGCUGGUGCCGCCGGGGCGCCAGCAGCGCGCCUGGGAACUCUGCAAAGUCAUCACGCAAGAGCCCCUCAGUCGCUGUAGCAAGGUCCUAAACUUGGAAAAGUGGCGCAGCAUCUGCCUAGAGAAGAUCUGCGCGUGCACAGAGAUAGUCGUCAACGGCACGAAAAACACAGAAGAGCAAUGUCGCUGCCUGCUGCUGGACCAGCUCGUGGCGGAGUGCCUCGCUGCCGACGCCAACAUUGAUCUGGAGAAUUGGAGGAUUCAGAAUAAUUGUCCGGCGGAGUGCCCGGCGCCGCUGAAGCACCUGGACUGCUACCGCGCGCGCUGCGAGCCGGCGUGCGGCGCGCUGCGCGGCGGCCUGGCGGCGUGCCCGCCCGCGCCCGGCGUCUGCUUCCCCGGCUGCUUCUGCCCCGAGGGCACGCUGCGCCGCGGCGACCAGUGCGUGCUGCCCCACCAGUGCCUCGACUGUGUUUGCAAGGGCACAGGCACACCAGCUAAGUACGUAACAUUUGAGGACGACUAUCUGCCACCCCUUGGGAACUGCACGUAUCUCGUCUCCAGAGACUUAAAUGAAAAUGGAGAAAACAAGUAUCAGAUCUAUGCAACAAACGGGCCAUGUGAAGAGAAUCCUGAAACUGCGUGCGUCAAAAUUGUCCACCUGAUACACAGGAACAACACAAUAAGCAUCAGCAAGGAUCCUGCCACUAAAAAAUUGGUGACGCUGGUGAACGGCAAGCAAGUGUUCCGCUAUCCGCUCGACAACGAGUGGGCGCUUGUGUCGUUGAUGUAUGGACAAGAUGUCAGUGUUUCCAUACCUGACUUGUACCUUGAGCUGCAAGUGAAGCAGGAGAAGAUGGAGCUGCUGCUGCAGGUGCCGUCGCACGUGUACGCGCAGCGCACGGAGGGGCUGUGCGGCGCCUGCGGCUCCGACCGCCCGCGCCUCGUCACCAGCGCCCACGAGCCCACCGACGACUUGCUCAAGUACGGAGCUAGCUGGCAGGCGAGCGCGGAGGCGGCCGCUGCGCUGGGCGUGGGCGUGGGUGUGGGCGUGGAGCUGUGCGGCGCCGCGCCCGCGCCGCCGCGCUGCGAGGCGCCGCCGCCCGACCGCAACCCGUGCCUGCAGAUACUCAACGCGGACAAGUUCGGCGCGUGCCACGCGCUGAUCGAGCCCAAAGACUACGUGGAGGCGUGCGAGGCGGAGCUGUGCGAGCUGAACAGCUCCGACGCGUGCGCCGUGCUCGCGCGCUACGCGGCCGAGUGCCGCGCGCACGGCGUGUGCCUCAGCUGGCGGGAGGAGCUCUGCCCCUUGCCUUGUGAGGAGCCAUUUGUGUACAGACCAUGCGUGGAUUGUGAACACACAUGUGAAAAUCACGACGACCUGGAGAAGAAUCCUAAGAAAUGUACCAAUGAACCCGUCGAAGGUUGCUUCUGUCCUGAAGGAAAAGUCCGCGUAAACAACACGUGUAUCGAACCGGCGAAGUGCUUCCCCUGCGACUCCAACAGCGAGCACUACGCUGGUGAUGAGUGGCAGGAAGAUGCAUGCACCAAGUGCACGUGCAGCAAAGUGGAGAGCAAGAACCUGGCGCACGUGGCGUGCACCACGCAGACCUGCACUGUGCCCGUCUGCUCCGAGGAAGAGAACCUCAUCAAGAAGCCCACCAAGCACUCCGCCUGCUGCCCGCAGUACAUGUGCAUACUGAAACCUAAGAUAAAUAAACCAAAUUGCAAGGACGCUAAGAAAAUAGAAUGCGGCUUUGGACAAGUGCUUAAACAGAAAACAAAUGCUGAGGGAUGUAACGAAUUUACUUGUGAAUGUAUGCCCGCAAAUGAGUGUCAACCGAUACCCAGUGACAAUGAAGUAGAGAUCAUGGAGCCUGGAGUGGAACGCGUCAUCGACCAGAGUGGAUGCUGUCCAAAGGUGGAACUCGUUUGUCACCCAGAAAACUGUCCUAAAGCACCAGACUGUGAGAAGUUCUAUAAACUCAAAACCACGAAUUCCACUGAGAAAUGUUGUCCAGAAUACAAAUGCGAGUUGCCCAAAGACAAAUGUGUUGUACAAUUGGAAUGGGAGGCAAGUGCAACUGGGGGAGAAAAGAUGCGAGCGAAGCCACUAGUUAUGCUUAAAAAUGUGGACGCGGUGUGGGCGGACGGGCCGUGCCGCGUGUGCCGGUGCGGCGCGGAGGGCGCGGGGGCGGGGGCGGGGGCGGGGGCGCGCGCGCAGUGCACGGCGCAGGAGUGCCCCGCGGUGGCGUCGGACGCGCAGUUCGUGCGCGCCGCGCGCCCCGUGCCCUUCCAGUGCUGCCCGCGCGCCGUGAGCGCGGCGUGCCGCGCCGGGGAUCAGGUGUACAACAUUGGCGAAACAUGGAAAUCACCGGACAACGCUUGCGAAUCGUAUCUGUGUAAGGAAAUCGCUGACGGCGAACUCGAGAUUGUCACCACCGUGCAGUCUUGCGACACUAACUGCCAACCGGGUUGGCAGUACGAGCCAGCAAAUUCGAGUGCGCAAUGUUGCGGCCGCUGCAAGCCCGUAGCGUGCGUGGUCAACGGACAAGUGCACAAUAUUUCCACCACUUGGACCUCAGCCGACUUCUGCGUCAACUACACCUGCGUUGACCUCAAUGGAACCCUUCAAGUGCAGUCUUCAAACGAGACAUGUGCUGAGAUUCCGGAGGCGAUGCUAAAGCAAUUCGUGUUCAGCGAUGAGAAAAUACCUGGAAAGUGCUGUCCCAAACGUGAACCGGUUGCUUGUCGUGUUGGAAAUGAGAUUUACCAGGAAGGACAAAUGUGGAAGACUUCAGAUCCGUGCAAGAAUGUAUCGUGUACGCGGGACUCGUCGGGUCGGCUCGCGCAAGUUGACAGUGUAGAGUCCUGCGCACAAGAGUGCAAGCGCGGCUGGGGAUACGAACCCGCGCCCGCCGGCCAGUGUUGCGGCCACUGCGUACAGAGGCAGUGCGUGCUGGGCGACGUGCUGCGGGAGCCCGGCUCAACAUGGAAAUCUAUGGACAACUGUACGACUUACACCUGCGAGAAAUCCGAGGGUGAGGUGUUUGUGACGUCAUCGCGGCAACAGUGCAUCGACAUAUCUGAUUGUCCGGAAGAGGACCGUCUGAUGGAAGACUGCUGUCUCGUGUGCAAGAGGAAGACGUUUGAUUUGAAAACGUGCGCGGUGAAGGAGCGCGAGGUGGGCGCGGGCGAGCUGCGCGUGCGCUCGGCCGCGCGCGGCGACUGCGCCAACCUGCUGCCCGUGCGCGUGCGCGAGUGCCGCGGCCGCUGCGAGUCCGGCACGCUCUACAGCAACCAGACGGGCGCGUACGCGGCGCAGUGCGAGUGCUGCGCGGCGCUGCGCGUGCAGCCGCAGCAGGUGGAGCUGGUGUGCGCGGGCGGGCUCACCGCGCGCGUCGCGCUCGCGCACCCCGCCGCCUGCGCCUGCCGCGCCUGCGCCGACGCGCCCGCCCCCGCACUUUCCGGCAUGAAUACCAACUUUAUCCCGGAAUUCUACAAAAGAUCAUUCCCGCCGCCGCAAUGAGAUCGACGGGGUUUAGUUUAUAGACAUCUCUUAUAUAGUAUCGUGUAAAAUAUAAAGAAUAUUGUAAAAUAUACUAUUGACAUGUA